GAAUUAGGGCUGGAGGCGUGCGGCUCUGUCACACAGCACAGACGGGACAGCAGAGUAUCAUCCGGGCACCUGCGAGCUCCCUCAUCACCUGAGACUUCAUCAUGGCGGAAGCUGACAUCGCUCUCAUUGGACUGGCUGUGAUGGGACAGAACCUGAUUCUGAACAUGAAUGACCACGGUUAUGUGGUCUGUGCCUUCAACAGGACGGUUUCAAAAGUGGACGAGUUCCUGGCUAAUGAGGCGAAAGGCACCAAGGUGAUCGGGGCUCAUUCCUUAGCCGAAAUGGUCUGCAAGUUAAAGAAGCCGCGGCGAAUCAUUAUGCUGGUGAAAGCCGGGCAGGCGGUGGACGACUUCAUCAAAAACUUGGUUCCAUUGCUUGAGCCUGGAGACAUUAUCAUUGAUGGUGGAAACUCUGAGUACAGAGACAGUACGAGACGGUGUAAAGAGCUGAAGGCAAAGGGUAUCCGGUUUGUUGGCAGCGGUGUCAGUGGAGGGGAGGACGGUGCCAGGUACGGGCCCUCCCUGAUGCCCGGAGGAGACAGUGAAGCUUGGCCUCACAUCAAAACCAUCUUCCAGAGCAUUGCUGCGAAGGUUGGGACGGAGCCGUGCUGCGACUGGGUGGGGGAAGAAGGCUCCGGUCACUUUGUGAAAAUGGUGCACAACGGGAUUGAGUACGGUGAUAUGCAGCUGAUCUGCGAGGCUUACCAUCUAAUGAAGGAUAUCCUGGGCAUGGAGCAGGAUGAGAUGGCGAAGACGUUUGAAGACUGGAACAAGACCCAGCUGGACUCUUUCCUGAUUGAGAUUACAGCAGACAUUCUGAAAUUCCGGGACACCACGGGCAAGCACUUGCUCCCUAAGAUCCAGGACACCGCUGGGCAGAAAGGCACAGGGAAAUGGACAGCAAUCUCUGCUCUAGAUUUCGGGGUCCCUGUGACUCUCAUAGGUGAAGCCGUGUUUGCACGUUGCCUGUCCUCGCUGAAGGCUGAGCGGGUUGUAGCUAGCAAGCAGUUACCAGGACCAAAAAUUGUUCCCUUUAAGGGUGACAAGAAGGCGUUCCUGGAGGACAUCCGAAAAGCUUUAUAUGCAUCCAAGAUCAUUUCCUACGCACAAGGAUUCAUCCUGUUCCGUCAAGCAGCAAAUGACUUCGGGUGGAAAUUAAAUUACGGAGGAAUUGCAAUGAUGUGGAGAGGAGGCUGCAUUAUCCGCAGUGUGUUUCUGGGCAAGAUCACAGAAGCCUUUGACAGGAAUCCUGAGCUCCAGAAUCUGCUGCUGGACGGGUUUUUCAAGAAAGAGAUGCAGGAUUGUCAGGAGUCCUGGCGCCGAGUGGUGAGCACCGGAGUGCAGUACGGUAUUCCGAUGCCUUGUUUCACCACCGCACUCUCUUUCUACGACGGUUACAGACAUGAAAUGUUACCCGCAAACCUGAUCCAGGCCCAGAGAGAUUACUUCGGGGCGCACACCUACGAGCUGCUGUCCAAUCCGGGACAUUUUAUCCACACAAACUGGACCGGUCAUGGUGGAAACGUGUCGUCCUCUUCCUACAACGCGUGAGCCCUGUUCUCCAGCCUGGGCCAGUCGCUGUUAUAGUUCUGUGUCGCUGAUUAUCUGCACAUCUCUGAUCUAUGUAAUAAGAAUAUAUCUUCUUUUUAUACAGGUGA